AGAUAAUGAGAGCUAACAUUUAUUGAUCACAGUCGGUGCCAGGCAUUGCCGUAAGUGCAUUGUAUACGGUCUUAUUUUAUAACGAAGUCAAUUCUAUGAGAUACUUUAUAAGUCGUAAGAGUUGACAAUAAUAGACAUCUUUCAGGCCUUUGGUGUGGAUCAAGUGAGACUUAUUAGGUUCCCUUUUGAUGUUAUUAAACCUGAUGUGGCAAAUUCUAGCCAUGUCAGGAGAGCGAGCCAUUUCCGGAAAUGCACAAACGUGCACAAUGCCACGUAGGAGCGCAAAUGAUCCUCGGUCUAGUGCGGGAGACCUAAGGAGGGUCAGAUUUCCUGACAGGUGUUAAAAAUGAAUUUAUAAAACUAGCCAAUCCGGGUUUCAUUUGGGGCUACAGAAUUCAGCGCAAUCCAGCAGACAGGGACCAGGAGUUCGCAAAAACGGCAGUGUUUAUCUUAAAAAAGAGAUCCACAACAGGGAGCAGUCCAAAGAGUUCUGCCCAGAGAACGCCCGCCCUCCGCCCGAAGCCUUCCCCAGGUGUCAGGGGCCCGCGUCGUAGCCGGAGGCACUGACCUGACCACCUUCCCGAGGGCCUCCCCUCGCGUCCCCAUCGCCACCCUCACUUCCCUGACUCCACGACCCACCUUCCCUCCUCCCUCUCCCCUAAGGUGUCUACUCCCGCGACUGCAGAGCGCCCAUCUUCAAGCCCGGGCAAAACCCGGAGAGGUGGAAUCCCUCUCCCGGAGCGCCCCGGCGGCCACUGGGCAUGCUCCGUCGUCAGGCAGGUUCGGGGCUGGGAGCAGCUUGUGCGCCUCGCGGAUUCCUCCUGCGGCCGCGCGUCCUCCGCCUCGCGAGCAGCGAGCGGACGCAUGAUGGCGGCCGCGGCGGGGAGCGCCAGCGGCGGCAGUAGCGGCGGCGGCCGCGGCGGCAGCAGCAGCAGCGACACGUCCAGCACGGGCGAGGAGGAGAGGAUGCGGCGCCUCUUCCAGACGUGCGACGGCGACGGCGACGGCUACAUUAGCAGAAACGACUUGCUGAUGGUGUGUCGCCAAUUGAAUAUGGAAGAGUCUGUGGCGGAGAUCAUGAACCAGCUGGGCGCAGAUGAAAACGGCAAGAUUUCCUUUCAAGAUUUUACAAGAUGCCGCAUGCAGCUCGUCAGGGAAAUCCGGAAGGAGGAAGUAGGCCUUUCGGAGAGGUCAGACAACUCCUGUAAGAAGAAAAAGCUGAGGGAUAGAAUUGCCUCCUGGCCCACGAGCAGUGACAACAGUCUGGGUGCUGUAUCAGCAGCCAGGGAGAGCUGGGAAUACGACUCCGGUGCCAGGGACCUCCAGAGCCCGGACUUACAGACUCAGUCAGCCCUACAGAAGCUUCUGGAGUAUGGGGGGAGCUCUUGGCACCAGCAGGCUGCCGCUCUCCACAAGCUGCUUGCACAGUCCCCGCGUUUUGGCAGCUCUGUAGGAGGCAGCUAUCUGGAGCUGGCCAACACGCUCCACUUGGCAGCCCUGGCAUCACUCAAGGGGGAUAUAGUGGAGCUUAAUAAACGUCUGCAGCAAACGGAGCGGGAACGGGACCUUCUGGAAAAGAAGUUGGCCAAGGCACAGUGUGAGCAGUCCCACCUCAUGAGAGAGCAUGAGGACGUCCAGGAGCGAACGACACUUCGGUACGAGGAACGCAUCACUGAACUCCACAGCAUCAUUGCGGAGCUCAAUAAGAAGAUAGACCGUUUGCAAGGCACCACCAUCAGGGAGGAAGAUGAGUACUCAGAACUGCGAUCAGAACUCAGCCAGAGUCAACACGAGGUCAAUGAGGACUCCCGCAGUGUGGACCAAGACCAGACCUCCGUCUCCAUCCCUGAAAACCAGUCCACCAUGGUCACUGCAGACAUGGAUAACUGCAGUGACCUGAACUCGGAACUGCAGAGGGUGCUGACGGGGCUGGAGAACGUUGUCUGCUGCAGGAAGAAGAGCAGCUGCAGCCUCUCCGUGGCGGAGGUGGACAGGCACAUCGAGCAGCUCACCACGGCCAGUGAGCACUGUGACUUGGCUAUUAAGACAGUGGAGGAGAUCGAGGGGGUCCUUGGCCGGGACCUGUACCCCAACCUGGCUGAAGAGCGCUCUCGAUGGGAGAAGGAGCUGGCUGGGCUGAGGGAAGAGAAUGAGAGCCUGACUGCCAUGCUGUGCAGCAAAGAGGAGGAGCUGAACAGGACCAAGGCCACCAUGAACGCCAUCCGCGAGGAGCGCGACCGGCUGCGGAGGAGGGUUCGAGAGCUUCAAACUCGACUACAGAGCGUGCAGGCCACAGGCCCCUCCAGCCCUGGCCGCCUCACUUCGGCCAACCGCCCCGUUAACCCGAGCACCGGAGAGCUGAGCACGAGCAGCAGCAGCAAUGACAUUCCCAUUGCCAAGAUUGCCGAGAGGGUGAAGCUGUCAAAGACCAGGUCCGAAUCUUCGUCGUCAGAUCGGCCUGUCCUGGGCUCUGAAAUCAGCAGCAUAGGGGUAUCCAGCAGCGUGGCAGAGCACCUGGCCCACUCUCUUCAGGACUGCUCCAACAUCCAAGAGAUCUUCCAGACACUCUACUCCCAUGGAUCUGCCAUCUCGGAAAGCAAAAUUAGAGAGUUUGAGGUGGAAACGGAACGGUUGAACAGCCGUAUCGAACACCUCAAAUCCCAGAAUGACCUUCUGACUAUAACCCUGGAAGAGUGCAAAAGCAAUGCUGAGCGGAUGAGCAUGCUGGUGGGAAAAUAUGAAUCCAACGCCACCGCACUGAGGCUGGCCCUGCAGUACAGUGAGCAGUGCAUCGAAGCCUACGAACUCCUCCUGGCGCUGGCAGAGAGUGAGCAGAGCCUCAUCCUGGGGCAGUUCCGGGCAGCCGGUGUGGGGUCAUCUCCUGGAGACCAAUCAGGGGAUGAGAACAUCACUCAGAUGCUCAAACGAGCUCACGACUGCCGGAAGACAGCCGAGAAUGCCGCCAAAGCCCUGCUCAUGAAGCUGGAUGGCAGCUGCGGAGGGGCCUUUGCCAUGGCUGGCUGCAGUGUGCAGCCCUGGGAGAGCCUGUCCUCCAACAGUCACACCAGCACCACCAGCUCCACAGCCAGCAGCUGCGAUACAGAGUUCACUAAGGAAGAUGAGCAGAGGCUGAAGGAUUAUAUCCAGCAGCUCAAGAACGACAGGGCCGCAGUCAAGCUGACCAUGCUGGAGUUGGAAAGCAUCCACAUCGAUCCUCUUAGCUACGAUGUCAAGCCCCGGGGAGACAGCCAGCGGCUAGACCUGGAAAACGCGGUGCUGAUGCAGGAGCUGAUGGCCAUGAAGGAAGAGAUGGCCGAGCUGAAGGCCCAGCUCUACCUCCUGGAGAAAGAGAAGAAGGCCCUGGAGCUGAAGCUGAGCACACGGGAGGCCCAGGAGCAGGCCUACCUGGUGCACAUCGAGCACCUGAAGUCCGAGGUGGAGGAGCAGAAGGAGCAGCGCACGCGGUCCCUCAGCUCCACCAGCAGCGGCGGCAAGGACAAGGCUGGCAAGGAGUGUGCUGAUGCCACCUCCCCAGCUCUGUCUCUGGCUGAACUAAGGACGGCGUGCAGUGACAGCGAGCUGGCUGCGGAGUUCGCCAACGCCAUCCGUCGGGAAAAGAAGCUAAAGGCCAGAGUUCAAGAGUUAGUGAGUGCCUUGGAAAGACUCACCAAGAGCAGUGAAAUCCGACACCAGCAAUCAGCAGAGUUUGUGAAUGACUUAAAGAGAGCCAACAGCAACCUGGUGGCUGCCUAUGAAAAAGCAAAGAAGAAGCAUCAAAACAAACUGAAGAAGCUGGAGUCUCAGAUGAUGGCCAUGGUGGAGAGGCACGAGACCCAAGUGAGGAUGCUCAAGCAGAGGAUAGCUCUGCUGGAGGAGGAGAACUCGCGGCCACACACCAACGAAACUUCACUUUAAUUGGCACUCAGACUCUCAAGCUCUGCUCGUGGAAGCUAAACUCUAGCAGGUCACUGAGGAGAGAGGGGCGCUGGGGGACAGAGGACCUGUUGGGAGAACGAAGAAAGGGGAGAUUGGCAGGUAGGUCAGCACAUGGACAGUGAAGUGCCCUGGUCUCAGCCCUGGUGACACCACAUAGACUACCCAGAGGAUGCUGCUUCUCCCCUCUCGGGCCUUGGACAGUGUGGGAACACCUGCCAGGCAUGCCGGCUCCACAGGCUGUGCUUUUGCUUUCAGCACUGGCUGUCACUCUCUCACCUUUUCUGUUCUGAAAGUUGUGUGUGGCUGGUAUAACUUGGGUAUUGUCUGUUUUUUAAGAUUUUCCAUUCUUUUUUUUUUUUUCUCUCCUUUUAGUAGACCACAGCCUUACCUCUGACGUCCCCAGUGUAUCUUCUUUCCUUCUUCUUCAGGGGAAAACUAAUGGGGUGGGGGUGGGGGUGAGCAUCUAGAAGAACUGCUCAUUUGUUUAUUGCAACCAGGCUUUGGUUUUCAAAUCCCACAUAUCACUAAGGUGUUCUGGGAGGUAGAUCACAGGCAGAUGGCACACAGGUGUUACUUACAGGCACGGGUAUGUCGAAGCCACAGGUAGAACAGCUGGGACUGAAGAGUUCUGUGUGGGAUCAGGAAGACCCAUUAUACUUAAUCUCAGCCCCAGGCAUUAGCUAACUGCCUGAGUCCAAGCUUGUCCACAUGAGUACACACAGAGCUCUGGACCUGCCUCUGCUCCUCUAGGGCAAGAGGCAGGAUGCUGAGGAGGUGUUGUUUUGCAGGCCAACCCCACCUACUUAAGAGAUUUUUACUGCAGCGCCAGUUCAAGACUUCAGACCCAUUAAAGGGUGAAGGGAGGGCAAGGGGAAGGGCACGGUCGCUGAGGCCUCAGACAUGGCGAUGGUCACCAUGUGGUGCCUCGGCAGGUGACAUGUCCAGCAAAAUGCUGACAGAACUGAGCAGGGCCAGAGUACCUGAAUUCUUUCAGGAAGGUCUUCCAUCUUAAAUGCAUCCUUCUCUUUCUACUGUAACCUUCUCUGUUUCACUUUGUUUUUCAAUUCUUCCAUCCCUGCCCUACACUGACCGAUACAUUGUAGAGGACCACUUGCCAUUUGAGUCCCUGUGCCCAUACGCUGUUUUCCAAGGGCAUGGCACAAGUUCCUCCGCCUUUUCUGCAUGGUGGGGAAGGAUGUCUUAGCCACCACCUCAGAAGGCAGAGCAGUUCUGUCCCCAAAGCAACCACCCUUCCCUCUCAGGCCAGCAGUGAGGCUCCCCAUCUUUAAAAAAAAAAAAAAAAAAAAAAAAAAAUCAACUGGUGUGUGUGCGAAGGGCCUGGCUUUGGGAUGAUUUGAUUGCUGCCAAGUACCAUUUCUCCCAAGUCAGGCAAACUUGGUUCUUGUCAGUGAUAUUCAGUCACCUUUUACUCUUUGGAUAAAGCUUCACUUUGUUAUAAGAAAAAAUUUAGGAGUUCCCGUCGUGGCUCAGUGGCUAACAAAUCCAACUAGGAACCAUGACGUUUCAGGUUCAAUCCCUGGCCUUGCUCAGUGGGUUAAGAAUCCGGUGCUGCCAUUAGCUGUGGUGUAGGUCACAGCUGUGGUGUAGGUCACAGAGGCAGCUCCGAUCUGGCGUUGCUGUGGCCCUGGUGUAGGCUGGCAGCAACAGCUCAGAUUAGACCCCUAGCCUGGGAACCUCCAUAUGCCAUUGGGUACAGCCCUGAAAAAAGGACAAAAGACCAAAAAAAGAAAAAUGUGUGCAAAAAAAGGUGCAAUGGACAAAAUCAUGGUUUUCCCCAUUUUUCCAGCUUGCCCAGGGAAAAUGUCCUCCCUAAGCAAACUGGGCUAUGCAAAGCAGGGAACCAGUCGUGGCUUUCUCUUGUGUGACUGAACAGGCAUCAGAACAGAUGGACGGUUUUCAUUUUUACCAACGUUGAAAAGUAGAGCGGACCCAGGAAUUAACAUCCUAUUUGCUGAGCUGUCUACCAUGCUUGCUCCAAGUGAAAACAGAACCUGCUCUAGGGGCAUGGAACGCCUCCAGACCCGCAAAGUCUCGGCCCCUCCACUAUGAGCCCCAGUAUUACUGAUCCUACUUGGCCUCAUUCUGAGUUUAUACUUCAACAUAAUCCUUGCAGAUAAGUGGUGAUGGGGUGAAAACUCUUUCCCUGGCAAAACUGUUACUUAUGUAUAGAAUAAAAGCUAUUAAAUAGUUGAUUACCUUUCCUUGUAUUUUUCACCUACUCUUAAUCCUUGUUGAAGGUGAACUUCCAGGCACUUGAUUACUAUGCUAAUUGCAGGGCUUAAGAAAACCGCAUUGAUUAAAAUAAAUGAUUGCAGGUGCCUGGAUCAUUUUGUUUAUAACCAAAAUUUUUCUUUCUAAAUAGGAGCUGGUUUAUAUCAACAUCUCCAUCAGAGGUAAACAAUGAUCCUGAUUAUAACCUGUACAAGGUUAAAAAUGUUCAGACUUUAAUUUUUUCAUUUUCCCCAGUGGUUACCCAUUUUAGGCAGUCACCUUUGCUGUUCAGACUUUAAUCUCUGGUUCUUAGAUAAAUAGGCAUGAGAAGAUGGACCCAUUGCACCGUUGCUUUGGAGAAUAAGUGGGCCUAUCAAGCGGAUCUGAUGUUCUGCCAAACCCCAUGUGCACCAAACUGCCAUGGACUUGUAGGCGGUAAGAUUCCCCCUUUGAGAUUUACACCAAAAAUCACUUAUGACUAAGGAUCUUACAUGAUCAGACAGUUGGGAUUUAGCAUGACCUUGAUCCCGCAGAGGUACACCAGAUAUUUUAUCCUUGUCAGUGCAGGUAAUUAACUGUUUGAUAGUCACUCUCAUCUGCUGACAUGUCAGGUUUCUGAAGUCACUAUCCAUGCUGCCUGAAACUGGAAUAGUAGGAUAAUAAAAAAAAUUAAGUGCCAGUGAAACAUAAUUGCUUAAUUCUCCUUUGAGAUGAUGCAUUCCUAUGAGCCUGGAGCGAUACAUUUUACAGGACAACCUCUGAGAACUGGACAUUCUAUUCCACAGAGCCAGUCCAAAUAAGGCUCUCUUUUUAGGAUGAGCAGAGCAGAGAUUUUACUUUUCUAAGAUAAACUUGAAAUUACUGGCUAGUCCCCUGGUUCCCAGCUGCAUACAGGUUACAUCAUUUUAAAUGAGGGAAAAAAAAAAAUGCCUCAGUUACCUGAUCUGCACUGGACUGCCUAGGUCGUUGGCAUGACUUGUUAACUAUAACCCACAUAAAUUAUUCUUUAAUCAAACAUCUAACAGCUCUCAAGAGUUUGCGGUAUUGUGCUUAUAUUUUAAGUGAAAAUGAAAAAGACUACAGAAGACACCCAAACUUUUAUUAAUAACUUCUGAAAGUCGUAAUUUUUUUCCAUAAAAUUUUAAACUAUUCACAAAUUUGUAACAGUAUGUCUUACCAAUGAAACUAUAUAGAGAGAAAAGAUCAUGUUUGGUAAGUUACAGCUGCACCUAUUUCUAAAUGCAGCAAAUAGCAUUUAAUUAAAAAGUAGUCUUAAGGGGAGAGAAUUCUGAUUGAAAUUUCUGUAUUGAAUGUAGUGAGAAUACAACCCAUAGGGCUGCCAAGGUUCUGGGAGGAAAGAAGCAUAAGUGACAUUUAGUUUUUCUGCUAUAAGUGAGUUUGGUAAAACAAUGCCAAAAGAAAAAAACCCUGAAAAAACCAUGUAGCAAUUAUUUUUCUCUUUCGCCAAUGGAAUGGCCUAUUUGACAAGAAAUGAUGCAAUUACAACCUUUCACUGAGGCUUGCUGGGCACUAGUUUGUAGAGGCAUCGAUUGUUACAAAACACAAAUUAGGCCUCUGCUAACACACAAUUCUUAUGAAGUCUAUCCAAGUCCUGUUCUAGUUCAUUGAAAUCUUAUGUUCGCAUGGGCCAGGCUGAAGCUAGCUCUGAACCUGUCACCUUCUGAAGCUUCUGUUUCACACACUUGAAGUUACUUUCUAACUAACUACACUUGUACUCACUAGUAGAUGUAUGACUAUGGUUGCCAAACACUAAUUUUUUAGAAUUGGCGCCCUAAUUAAUGCUGGCUACAGCCACCAGAGCAUCACUGAGUACUCAGUGGCCAUUAAAUAAUUAAGGACAUGGAAAAGGAUACAAGUUGAAUAGCAGCUGUUCACAUAUUCUUAUUUUGCUAAUUCUUAUGUAAAGAAACAAACAUAGACUCACAGACAACUAUUAAAUUUCUGGUGAUGGGUUAUACUGGAUAAACUGUCACACUGCAUGUGAGUGAGAUUUUGCACGUGACCAAGAUAAGACAUCCUUCUGUCCUAAGAACAGCAACUGCUAUUGGGUAACUAUAUCCAUACCCAGUAGUACUGAUUUUUCCAGUCAAGGCAGCUAUAACCUCACUCAUCCACUAAUCAUCUGAAAUAGCAGCUCAGCAGUACAGAGCAAGCUAGAGACAAAAUUCCCUCCCACUGAUGACCUGCUUAUUUGUUCUGGCUCUCCUGUUCACUUUUGCACUUUUUUGCAAAUCAAAUCCAUGUGGAGAAUGUUCUGUUUGUAGAACUCUUGAGUAUUCACUUACAGUUAGUGCUCAUGUCAGGACGGCCAGGUGAAUGGGAACCCAUAGUAAUCCGCUUCUGUCUAAACCCAAUGCAAAGAUGCUGAAACACGUUCACUUCUAAACAGUUUUUAGACAUUGUCAAGACUUAUUUUUACUUUGCAUGAGAUUUUAGUUUCCUAUUAUUUGAAAAUGUGCUACUUUUAAGCCGCUUGAAUGUACUGUCAGUUAUUAAAGCACAUGCGUCUAAGUUUGCAUUUGUCAGUAUUGUUCUGCUGUUUGUAUUAAAAUCUCAUUUUAAAGUUGCCAUUUAACACUGUACUAUAUAUACCUUGUAAUUUUUUAGAUUCUUCACUUGUAGGCUUUAAAUGUUUCCAGAUGCCUUUAGUUUUUAGCUGCUGUAAAAGAGCUUUGUGUUAUUUGAUAUAGAAUUGUUUAAAAAAAAACUUCAUUUAUUUAUACAGAGACAUUUAUAAUAUUUUACAAACAUUCUUAUAUUCUGAAUAAAUAUUUCUAAUUCCAAUGACGUGCUUAAACUGUGUUCAAUGACUUUUACGGCUGUCCUUCUACACUGCUGUUUGUCUAAUGCCAAACAAACAUCACAGAUUUGAUAUUUACAUCAAGAGCCCCCGUCAAUGGAGUUCCUGUUGUGGCUCAGAGGUAACCAUCCAUGAGGACUCAGGUUCGAUCCCUGGUCUCCCUCAGAGGGUUAAGGCUCUGGUGUUGCCAUGCGCUGUGGUGUAGGUCACAUACGUGGCUCAGAUCCCAAGUUGCUGAGGGGUAGGCCAACAGCUGCAGCCCGAAAUAGACCCCUAACCUGGGAACUUCCAAUAUGCCUCAAGUGUGGCCCUAAAAAGACCCAAAAAAGCCGGGGGGGGGGCACCUGUCAAAUCAGGGAACUACACAUAGCCAACAGCCAAAGGUUAAAACGGCCAACAGCUAAAGAAAACUCAUGUAUCACCACUUUCUACUGGGCUGUGUCAAAUUUGGUAUAAAUGUGAGAGUUUAUCUACCAAAGGAUCUGGAUUUUUUUUCUUUUAAAAAAUUACUGAACGAGGGCCUAUAAUAGCAAACUGCAAGGUCAGGAGAGAUGGAGCCAGCUCUGCAAGGUGUCUGCUAGACGAGUGUCACUACAGUGCUGCCACUCCUCCUUAGCAAAGAACCUUUGACAGUAAGAGCGUUACACCCUGGUCACUCUUUCCGAAAGUUUGCUAUAAUAUAGCUGAGGUCCCCAGUAGAGAAGAAUGUUGCUUUCACUCCUGAGAGCCAAAGACUGUCAAGCAGUCUAUUCAGAAAACCUGGUUCUAAGAAUACAAAUUUAAGAAUUGUUGGAUUUUAUGUAUCUAAUUAACACACACUAUAAUCUUGCUUUUAAAAAGCAACGCCCAAACCAUAAAGUGAGAUGGAGAAUACAUAACAGUUACUUUCCUUUUUGCUCACAAUCCUUCAUGUAAACACACCUUUGUCUCAUAUCUGUCAUUUUUUUUUUUGGUCCCAAGAGAUUCAACCAAAAUAUGAGAACCUGAAACCUACAAGUACCAGUAGCAGAAGCCAGGUUAAGGUAGUAAUUAAAACUGCCCACGCAGCAAAAUUUAUUGAUAUUGCACUACAGAUUCUAAUUUUAACACGAUAAUGUUUUUUACAGAAAGCCAAUAUUUGAACAAUCAACUGUAAAGAUGUUGUAAAAUACAAAGGAAACUUCCAUCAUUCAAACUGCAUUUUUUAAGAUAAAAGGUUUUUCAUCUCUCAACUGGUGUUAUUUACAUCAAAAGAGCUUUCAAAAAGAGCACAACUGUUAAGACAUAGGACUUCAUUCAUUUUCUCAGUGGAGAGUACAGCUAGCAUUUCUAGUCAACUUUGGAAGUGCAUUCAUCCUGCAAACUUGUAAAUUCCUGAUUCAUAAACAAGUCACUAGAAAUCCUUUACUUAUGAUGAACACAACCAAUGUAAGUGAUAAUCAGUCCUCACCCUUUCAUUAACACUGAGGGAAAGCUAGUCUUCAGUCAGAAUGCAUUAAGCCCAGAAACACAAUAUUGUUCUAAAGGGAUCAAUUCAUAUAACUACAAGGUGUACCCAACAGGUGUUUGGGGGGUCCUUUUCUGCUUUUCCUAAAUGUUUGACAAUUUAUUAAAACAAGCACCAAGAACUUCAUUACCACCAAAGACAGAAUGAAUGGUUUACUUACUCAGUCUUUCUCUAAACAUUAAAAUGCCCUAGAAGAUAAAGUAAUAAAAUGCUUCUAAAAUUAAGGCAAAAAUUACAUGUUAAAUCAUUUUACAUGAGACAAAAAUUGUUACUGAAUAAACUUGACAAAUCUAUCACAUUUACUCUAAAGUCCAGUUUUCUCAACUGAAUAUCGUGUUUAGUGAAACCAUUUCAAUUUUUUUCUACCAGACUUUGUAGGUCCCAAAUAAUUUGUUCAACAUGACCUUCACCUUUUUUCAGACUAAAACCUACUCCCAAGAAAACUGUUUUAAGACUACAUAUUUUCCAUGAACAUUACCUAGUGUCCACAGCAUCAAAAACACAUCAAAUCUCGUUUUGAAAAUAGGCAGGGAAUAAAAAGAAAUCAAUUCUUAUCUUUCCCAUCCAAACUUAACCCUUAUCUUGGUGGUCAAAUGAAAAACAAUCUUAGAUAAGAGGAUUUCACCUAAGUUAGUUAACACAUGAAUCAUAAUUCCAUUUGAUUAAUCAUUUUAUUCUGAAAUAAGACUUUUAAAUGUCCACUAAAGCCAACAGGUAAAAUUAAAAAUCUGAGUUACGUGUCAAUACUUAACGAAUAUGAACUUUUAUAAAGUAUUAAGCUAAUACACAAAAUUCAGAAACAAUUAUAAGAAAAAAUAUACUGUGUAUAUAUAUAUAUAUAUAUAUAUACACCAAAUAUAUAUAUAUAUCUGCAAAAUAGUUCAUGGUUUUAUUUUCCUUCCCUAUUUAUUACUGAAGAAAAAUGGUUUAUAAUAUUUAAAAAAUGGAAGUCAGGUUAGCUGUCCUAACUAUCCUGUCCUAACUUUAAAAUAAGCAAAAACGUAGCAUUAAAGAAUUGGUUCUUCGGACUCUUGCAUUUGAAAUUAAAAGGUACUUGUGCAAGAUCCAAACACAAACCUCAAAUAUCCAGCAGAGACAGCAGUGCCCUAGGACAGUAGUGAAGUGCACAAAGAAACUGCAGGUCUGUCUUUUGUGCUUUUCUAUCAGUGCAUAUCAUACAUUUAAGACAUGAAGAGUCCAAGUCCACCGAUACUUAUUUGUUCCAAAAGUAUUAACGCAUCUAAUCAACCAAACUGCUAAGGAAUAGUUACUACCUUUCUUAAUUUCGGUCAGAGUUCAGAACCUUUGCUUCCAUUUGCUGCCACCCAUAGUCUCUUCCUAAAUAUCACAAAAGCAUAAUAAGCGAAGAUACCAUUUUACAAAGAAUUUUCUAAUUUCCUAAAGCUUGAGAAAUGACCAACAAUGAAGAUUUGUGCCCAAAAUGUUUCAUACCAUAGUCUGCAGCUAUAUAUAGACUGUUUUAGAACCUCCGAGUCGAUGAAUUAUAAGUACAUGAAAAUAAAAUGCUACAUUCUACCUCAAAAAGAAAACAACCUAGAAAUGUUAACUAAGACUUCUCCAAGAUGAAGGACCAGCAGAACAUUGUCCACUUUGCCCUAGCAUUACACGGUCUUCUUUGUUCCCAAACCAAUGUGAUAGCUACCUGUAUGAGAGACUAAAAAUAGCAAAGGUGUCUACAGUUCUCCUGUUUAUGGCCAAAGGGGGUCAAAGUCAAGAUGCAAUCACUGCUCGAAAAUGUCCACAGUGGCAGUCACCAUUUAGGGGAUGCAUCGCUGGAAAAAUUUAAAGAAAAAAAAAAUUUUUAACAGAAAGUCAUGCGGUGGGAGUGGAGGGUCCCCACCAGGCAGACUCAAUGGCAUCUUUCUGACCAGUCACCCCAAGAAAAAGGAUUAAACAAACAACAGGUCUCCAAAUAGCACUCACCAGACAGAGGCCAAUAACCAAGAGAACACCCAAACACCAAAACAGCAGCAAAUGUUCAGGACCUUAUUCUCAUACUGGACUCAAGGACUAAAGGCUACUAAGAGGAAGGUCCAUUUGAAACAAAGUUACAAACAUAGGCAACUGACUUAGGCAUUCAACCUCUUUCCUACUGAGAGCACACACUAUAUAGCUAAUGCAAGCACCUUGUUAAAGUGAAUUCGUCUUCAGAUUGUGCUUUUAUAUACCAUCCUCUCUGCCAACCAUAGAAGACCCAAGUGGAACGGAAUCUCCUUGCUGGUGGUUUCAUAAAUCUGAGACCCCAGAUUAAAGAGCGAAUUAUGAACAUUUCUGAAGAUAUAACUCUCAUACUUCAUCAUAGUUUUUGUUAACGCCUCUCUGUACCUUAUGUUGAAGUCUCAGCAACUAUGCCUGCAGAAGCCAGACCUUCAAAGUCCACUCCCAUGCAGGGAGGUAGCUUUACUCUGUUCCCUAGCUACAGACCACUAUUUUAGUAAUAAAUACUGUCUGUCACAAGGAAACCAGAUGGAAAGGACCACCAUUCAGGACAAAUGGAUUACUACCAUGUGAAGAGACUGAUUAUGGCUGUGUGUGCUCUGGGUUAUGUUCCUGUAAGAAAGCAGCGUAGUUUAGCAUGGCUGGAGUUGUGAAGUAUCAUCAGCACAGGAUCCACAGACUCCAAAACACUGAUCUUGAAGGUGAGGAAAACUUCAGAUCUACUGGGUGGCUUGGCAACCAUACUUAGAAAAAAUUACACCCAGAGCCAGAAAACGCUUGGUAAUGGCCACAUAUAUUAAUCUCUGCUUGGAUGUGGCAAUGACCACAUUUCUGGCACUCAAUAAUUCAUUUUACCUUCUAAAAUUUCUUUCUUAUGUUUUCUUUGCCCGGCAAUGAUAGCUAUCUUCUCCCUUCUUCAGGGCACUUUUGUUCUGUAAUAUAAACUUAUCAUACUUUUUGAAGCUGCAAUCCAGAAGGGUACUGUGAACAGCAUGAGACACAGCCAAUACUGUCCAUCUGCAGUCUGCCACCUUUAUGACAGAGAGGUACAGUCUUCAUCAGCAACUCAAUUCUAAGAAGAAAAAGAUGCUGAGAAAACCCAUCAUAAUCUCAUUUUUUAGAAUUUUUGGUAACUAUAUAUAUGCAUUUUAAAGUCUCAGGACAGAAUACAAAAUAAGGAACAUUAAGUAGGCUUUACCAAACUAUCAGGAAUAAGGUUUAACAAAAUUGUUAUUUUACUAACACCCGUUUACCAAGAGACAAGUACUUAAACAUAAAGGAUAUUGAUACCUUCAGGCAAAACAAGAGUUUGUCUUCCUUAUCAUUAAUCUAAAGUUACAACAAUACAUAUGACCCCUUCCCCAGGCUAGAAAAUAAUCCCAGUCAAAACUGCAAGGGAACACUUAUUUUCCUUUAAACAGAAAACUUUUUAAUGCAUCUGACCUUUUAACUAUGAUUAAUAUGCAAAGAAAAUACUGCCUCGGAGAAUACAGACACAACAGAUGCCGAUCAAAAGACUCUGAACGAGUAAGACGGAAAUCCACUGGUACAAAAAUAAAGAUAAAAAGCUAAGAGAUGCUAUAAUAAGAAAAAUAACUUGGCAAAAAGUCUAAUUUAACUGACUUGGCUUCUUACUGUUCAAGUUAACUGUUAGAAACAAAAAGCAAGGGAAGAGGUAAUGAAAUACUUUUAAUUUCUUUUUAAUGCACACAUUGUCAGACCUGAACUUUUCUAAAAACCACCACAUUGUAUUAAGUGUUAGAAGAAUUUAAUCCUUGUGGAAGGAGGUUUGUUUUUUAAUAUUAACACACAAAUUACUAAAAACCUAAAAUAUAACAACCCCAUCUCAGUGAUGUAAUUUCACCAUAUACAUCUUAAUCAUCUGUACUAAUUGAUACUUAGUUCAAAGCAGCAAGCAGUGACCACCAUGCCUAUAGCAAACUCACCUUUAUAUAUAACCAAUCCAACUUAAUCUUCAAACAUCUUCAAUCAAAUUUCACCCAUGCUAAAAGAGUUCUAUUAGGUUCUCAGACUUCCAUGUUCAUGUCUCAGGAGAGCAUCAGGUUUGAAAUCUUAAAUCCAUUCAUUUUCUAUUUCUGAAUAAAAGUCUGUGAAAGCAUGUAAACUUGACCUCUAUGCUCUGGAUUACAAUGGUUAAGGACAAAAACAAUUCAUUGAACAUCUUAACAAAUCAUUACAGUUAUACAGAAAAGCACCUAAGAAAUUUUUUAAAAAUAAAAGAUUCACAGUGCACUGAACCUUGGAACAUAGAAGGUCGGAAGAUUAGAACAUUUAAAAAGUGGAUUCAAGGACCUAUUUCUCUCUCAAACACAUGAAACAUAAAGCCAACACAACUACUUUUCUUAGCUAGCUUCUUAAAAUGCAGCACACAGAAUUAAAGUAUUGCAUAUUCAGUAUACUUCUUUAUUACAUGAUUUCUUCAAACCAUGCUAAGAUUUCUCAAAUGAGAAAUCUAGUUCUGUGCUAAUCAUGGCCUUUCCCAGGGUAACCUGAACACUGAGAAACUAAUAACACAGGUUCAAGGGAAUAAGUAUAGCAGAUGUACAAAAAACAGGUACAUCCAACUUAUCCAUUUUCUGCAUAGUUUAGUCACAUCACACACACCAACUCCAACUCAUCUUUUAACUUUUUCUUUUUGGCCGCACCCGCAGCACGUGGAAGUUCCCGGGCCAAGGAUUAAACCCACACCACAGCAACGACCUGAGCUGCAGCAGUGACGAUGCCAGAUCCUUAACCCACUGAGCCACAAGAGAACUCCUCUUUUAACAUUUUUUUAAAUCUCAAACUGUCAAGAGAGCUGAAAGCCUCAAGUCACCAAAGUCCCAUCCCAACAAAAACCCUUAUUUUGUUCCACAGUGCAUUAAAUGAAGCAGCACAACAGCAAUAAUAUUUAAUCAUAGUUUAACUACCAUAAUUGAAAAGAAAUAAUUUGUUGGUUCUUUUUUUUUUGGCCGCACUCACAGCACACAAAAGUUCCCAGGCUAGGGACAAUGCAGGCCACUAGGGAACUCCCAAUUUGUGGGUUCCUGAAAAGGCUCAAUACCAUUAGAGGCCAUACUUCUGGUAAGGAACUCUAUAAUCUCUACUGCUUUAGUAUCGAGAGCUGAAAAUCCAACUCGAGGCACCAGAAAGACUGACCAAAGCACUCACUUAAAAAAAAAAAA